CUUCUGAAAGGUCAAGUACUCACACAGCAAUCAUCGUCCAAAUCCUACCGCCUGUGGCUCACAUUUGAACUCAUCUGGUCAAGAUGUGCAACGUUCCUUCCGGUGCCGAGGCCUACGGUAGCCUGUAUGCUGCUAGCAGUUCCGACGGGGUGCUGCGCUUGGGCAACAUCGUCCCUGACUUCACGGCAGACACCACUCAUGGACCCAUGAAGUUUCACGAGUGGAUCGAUGGAUCCUGGGCAAUCCUCUUCUCGCACCCGGCUGACUUCACUCCCGUCUGCACCACAGAGAUUGGUCGUCUGGCCCUGAAGUACGACGAGCUGAAGUCAAAGGGGGUCAAGCUGGCAACCCUGUCCUGUGACCCGGUUGAAUCCCAUACGAAGUGGCUGGACGAUGUUGUGGCGCACUGUGAGAACAAGGUCACCAUCGACUUCCCCAUUAUCGCAGACCCCACGCGCGAGAUUGCUGUGAAGUAUGGCAUGAUUGACCCUGAGCUGAAGGACAAGGAGGGUCUGCCCCUGACCUGCCGCGCUGUCUUCAUCAUUGGCCCCGACAAGAAGCUGAAGCUGUCUUUGAACUACCCGGCGUCCGUGGGCCGCAACAUGGACGAGAUCACUCGCGUCAUCGAUGCCCUGCAGCUCUCAGCCAAAUACUCUGUGGCGACGCCGGCAAACUGGCCCAACAACCACGAGAGCAUCGGCAAGAAGGGACAGGCCUUCCUGCUGCCCACAGUGACGCCCGAGGACGCCAAAAAGUACUUCCCCAACCACACCUCCUGCCUCGUUCCUUCUGGCAUCGAUUAUUUGAGAUUAACUCCCAUCGAGAACCUGUCUACCAAGUGAGCCGCGCUCUACUUUGACAAGUGCCACGUAGCGGUGCAAGAUGACAGAAAGGGCGGGUGUUCAGAACGGGCUUCGGGGACGGUAAAUUAGUAUCUUAUCGGCAGCGCAAGGGACCGUACGUGUCAAAUUGCAUUCUGAAUGACCGUCCUCGGGGACAUGUGAUACUGGCGUGGGCGCCGACUGUUCACAAGUCAAGAGUCAGUCUGGGGAAGUGGGCGCUUGCAUGUGUACACCGGGGAGCAAAUUUGUGGGAGGCUCAAGUCCUCCUGCCAUUCGUUAGACAAUAAAUGCGAGCAAGCAUCCCUGCAGUCCCAACUGAGGGUGGUGACUUGCAAAAUUCUUUAAUGGAUGGUGGUGUUUGUCGCCAUGUAGCUGCAUGAUUGCACAAGCCUUACACUAAUCUUCUUCCUGUUUGUGGCGAUGCCGCAUGGUGUGAGGGGCUUACUAUUGCAUAUCUUUUGUAUGUUGACCGCUGAGGCGACUAACAACGAAGGCCAGUUGUAUCACUACCGUCAAAUGAUCAUUAUUGGGUUGGUGUCACGUCGUGAUCUACCCUAAUGACUUCAGAUCGUUCAUUGGUGUCAUCGUGUUGCAGGCAUAACCAAUCUGAAGUUGUAAUCAAGGUUUGUUUUUGUG